UUGCAACCUGGUCUUCAUCCUGAGAGCUCUGGAGCCAUGAUCUCACAGUCGUUUGAUUGCACAUUCUUUGUGAUAGCAUGCAUUUUUUUCAAAUGCUGCUUUGCUUUCGACAAGGGUAUUGAACAAACUAAAAAUGAUGCUACAGAAAUAUUCUACAAUCGAAAGGUACUACAACAUGAUAGUCCAAGCAAUUUAACAUUAAAUCAGGCAAGGAAUGGAGGACGACAACCUGACCCAUCAGAUUUGAGUCGCAAUGAUCGAUCUCAAGUUGGCUGUCGUGAGCUUAGAUCAACCAAGUACAUUUCUGAUGGCUUGUGUACUAGUAUUAAUCCAGUGAAGGAGUUAGUGUGUGCUGGGGAGUGCUUACCUGUGCCUGUUCUUCCCAACUGGAUUGGAGGUUAUGGUCGAAAAUACUGGAGCAGGAGGAAUGCACAAGAGUGGCGCUGUGUGACAGACAAGACUCGUACUGAGAGGAUUCAGCUUCAGUGCCAGAAUGGCGGGACACGAACCUACAAAAUCACAGUAGUUAUUUCAUGCAAGUGCAAGAGAUACACACGACGGCACAAUGAAUCAAGCAAUACCAAUAUUGAGGAGGCACUGCCAACAAACAAGAGAAGAUUCCGAGGCAAAAAAAGAUCCCGGAAGAUUCAUCAAGAGGAGACCAAGCAUAAAGCAAAUUGGCAUGAAGUGGAAGAUAAACAGUGAUUUUCUUUGUUGCCAUAUGAACUGUAUUGCGCAAAAGUGGGCUUCCUUUGUUCGUGUUCUGCAUUUAUUGAAAUGAGCUUACUCAAUAUGUGUUAGGUAUCAUUAAUUAAAGAAGAAGUAAAAUUAUGGUCCAUCAGAUGCGUAUAAUUGAUCAGGACUCCUGGAUUAAAACAUAUAUACUCAGGAACCUGGCUACAUUAAUGUUUUCAAUAGCAUUCCUUACCGUGCACCUUUUGCUUAACUAUAACUUCAAAGAAAAGACAGUGACACCACUUUCAUAUGCGUAAUAGAACAAAAGUACAAUAAAUGGCUGUAGAACAAUUAAGUUAUUCAACAAUGAUUAAAAUUACUUCAGUUUCCCACUGGUUGAAUCAA